AUGGGCGGCGGUUCCUCAGCGAUGCAGGUGGCUUUCUUGGGCUCCUCGGCGAUGUGGGUGGCCUCCUUGGGCUUCGCGGCGAUGUUCUUGGCCUCCUCGGCGAUGUGGGAGGCCGGGCCCGAGGCCGGGGCGGGGGCGCCCACCGUGAGGAGGCCGCAGCGACUGCCCGUCGCGCCGCUCUCCGACCUGCCGCCGCCCUGGCCCGCGCUCGACGGGGCGCUGGGCUGGCCCGCGGCGUGCGGCGGCGGCAGCCCAGAGGCGGCGGCCCGGAGGCGGCUGCCGCGGCCCCCCGACGCCCACGCGGGCUCGCCGCUGCUCGACGCCCGCUCGCCGGCGCGGGCCCGCCUGCCGCCCCCGCCCCCCGACGCCGCCGCGGGCGGCGCGGGCGCGGCGGCAGCGGCGGCGCCCGCGGGCAGCCGCACGCCGCCGGGCGGCGGGGGCUCGGGCGCGCCGCUGCGGGAGCUGGAGCGGCGGCUGCGGCAGCUGGAGGCGCAGGCCCAGGAGCCCCGAGGCGCGGGGCGGCUGGCGGAGGAGCUGUCGGCGCAGCGAGCGAGCCACCAGAGGCUGCUGGAGCACACGGGCCGGCUGGCCGAGGGCAUCGCGGCCGCGGAGGCGCGCCUGCGGCGCGCCGAGGAGGCCGCGGCAGCGCGCCUGGCGCGCGCCGAGGAGCCCGUGGGCUGCCGCACGCCGCCGAGGGCGGCGGGACGGCCCCUUUCGGAGGGCUCCCCGUCGGGCGGGCACGCGGGCUGCGGCACGCCGCCAGGGGAGGCGGAGCGGCACCCAGCGGGGGGCUCCCUGUCGGAGUGGCGGCGCGCGGGGGGCUCACCGUCGGCCGCCAUGCCCCUGACGUUUGCGAUCCGCGGCAUCGACGCCUCGCGCCUGGAGGAGGACGGCCGCCUCGCAGAGGGCGUGCAGGCCGCCUUCGAGCGCGCCAUCGGGCAGGCCUCCGGCGGCAGCGUCGUGAGAGGCAGCGCGACGGUGGUGCCCACCAGCCCCAGCGGCGCAACGGUUCGCGUGGCGGUCUGCCCCCCGGACGGCGUGCGCGACGCGCAGACCUGGGCGGCGGCGUGGCUCGGAGCGUCCCCCGGCCUGAAGGAGCAGCUGGCCCAGGAGGUGCAGGACCUGCAAGAGCCCGCGCACGAGGCGGCAUCCACGACGCCGUCCUCCAGGCGGCACCCGCCUCCCAGCGACCUGGGGCAGCACGCCUCGCUUGCGCACGGCGCGCGGCGGCUCUUCUGCCUGGAAGGGCCCUCCAGCGAGCCGCCGCCGCCGCCGUGGGAGCCGAAGCCGGGCGGCUGCGGCCGCCCCGGGUCGCCGGGCGCACUGCGGCGAGCUUGGCCGCGGGAGCCAAGCGACGAGCCUUGGGAGCAGGCGCCGGCCGGGCAAGGCCGCCUCCCGCCCCCCCCUUGGGAGCUGGCGCCGCGCCGCCUUCCGCCACCCCCCUGUGGGCUGCCAGUCGCCUCGCCCGCCCGCCGCCACCAGGGGCCGUCGCCCAGGGCGCCCGCGCCGAGCGCCCACGAGGGCCAGCUGGCGCCGCGGGGUCCGUGUGCAGAGUCGGCGUGGGGAUGCCCCCCCGACAAGGCCCACGUCGACCACGCCUCCCGCAGCAGCAGCACCACGGCCUCGGCGUGGCCCCGGCAGUGGCUGGAGGACGGCCCGUGGGGAGGCCCCGCCCCCCAGACGUUCGUCGACCUCUCCCGCGGCUGCAGCUCCACGGCAUCGGCAUGGCCCCAGCGGUCGUCGCUGGAGGAGGCCCCGCGGGGGGGCGAGCGGCCGAGCGGGCAGCCGUGGGGCCCGCGGCACCCGCCGGCGGAGGCGUUCGGCUCCGGGGCGGCCGCCGGCGGCCCUCUCCCCGCGGGGCCGGGGAAUGGCGCAGGGCACGCCCACGGCGGGCUUGCCCGCACGUGCCAGCUCCUCGACUCGGCGCGGUCCUCUGCCGCGUCCAUGGCCGGCGAGCGCCAGUCCCUGGCGCGCAUGCUCGACGACAUGCAGAACGCCACCAUGCGGCUGCACUGGGACCGGGUGCCGGACGCGCACGGAGGAGCGGAGCACCACGCGAAGCCCCACACGGCCGCGGGCCCCGGGAGGCGCGCGCCCCCCGCGAGCUGCCGGGUCACCGUGGUGGCCGCCCGGGGGCUGCGCGCCGCGGACUUCUCCGCGCUCGGGGCGGCCUCCUCCGACCCGUACUGCGUCUGCGAGGUUCCUGGUCACCACGACGCCAAGUUCCAGACGAAAGUGAUCAAGAAGAACACCAGCCCAGAGUGGAACCACACGGCGCGGGUGGCCGACCUGACUGGCAAGGAGGACCUCGUGUUCACCGUCUACGACUGGGACCGGUUUUCCAAGGACGACUUACUGGGAAAGGUCACGCUGCCCGCCUCGCGGUUCCUGCCCCAUGGCUUCGACGGGGAGUUGCAGCUCGAGAGCGCAGGUCAGGGCGUGACCGCUUUCCUCCAUGUCCGCAUUGAGGUGGAGCUCGACGCGGGCGAGCUCGACGCCACAGGCGCCGAGGAGAAGGCUCACCUCGAGGUGCAGCCGAGCGGGGCGACCAGGGGCGGCGCUGGCAGAGAGCAGCAGGCGGAGAGCCGCGGCGGCGAGGGGCCGCCGGCGGCCCUGGCGGAGGGGGGCCACGGCCACGGCGGCGGGCCGCUGCUGCGCCGCCAGGACGCCUCCGACCUCCUGGGCGCCGCGCCGGGGCCGCUCGGGGGUGCCGCCGAGGACGGGCUCGUCGGCGCGGACGGGCCCAGGCGCGGGGGUGCCCGCCUGCUGGGCGGGCCCGCCGGCGCGGGCGGGCCCCCGGGGGGGGGCCUCGGCGGCCUCUGCGCGGGCGCCCGCGGGGCCGCGGGGCCGGCGGGGCCCGCCUGCUUCGAGGUCACGGUGGUGUCCGCGCGGGGGCUGCGCGCCGCGGACUUCUCGGUGUUCGGCUCGUCGUCCGACCCGUACGUCGUCUGCGAGGUGACGGGCCGGCCCGACGCCAAGUUCCAGACGCCCGUGAUCAAGAAGAGCACCAGCCCGGAGUGGAACUUCACGGCGCGGGUGGCGGACCUCAGCGGCCAGGAGGACCUCAGGUUCCUGGUCAAGGACUGGGACCGAGUCUCGAGCGACGACCCCCUGGGCCACGUCGCCCUCCCGGCGCACAAGUUCUUCCACGAGGGCUUCGAUGGCGAGCUGCUGCUCGAGGACGCGGGAAAGGGCAUCACGGCGUUCCUGCGCGUCCGCGUGGUCCGGGCCGCCAAGGCUGAGGCCCAGACCUCCGCUGAGGUGCAGGUCCAGGCCACCCGGCGCAACAGCCAGAGGUCCUCGCGUGCCUCGUCGCGGGGCGCAGCCGAGCGGCGCAACUCCCGCCGCCACAGCGCGGCCUCUAAGAGGACGCCGCCGCCGCCGCCAGCGGAGGACGCCUCGUCGCCCGACGAGUUCACUCUGGGGCCGCCCCGCGGCGGCGGCGGGCACCAGUCAGAGUGGCCGGCGGAGCGGCCGGCGGAAGAGCCCGUGCCAGCGCCGCAGCUGCACGGCGGCGGCGGCGGCGGCCCGUCGCCGCGGGCACAGGCGGAGAGGCUGGCGGCGUCGCCGCUGCAGCUGGACGGCGGAGGCGUGCCGGAGGCCGCGGCGGCGCUCGGGCUGUCCGAGCCUGAGCAGCGGCCGCCCAAGCCGCAGCUGGGCGGCGGCGGCGGGGGGCUGGGCGCCCUCGCACGGGGCGCCCGCGCGGGGGCCCAGGUCGAGACGUUUCAAGCGGUGGUCACCGAGGCCCGCGAGCAGGGAGGCGAUGCGCCCAAGAAGGUCGGACCCCCGGCGGCGGGCAUGGCGAGGGCCCUGCUGAAGGGGCUCCUGGAGAGCGACGUCCAGGCCAUCCGGGUGGAGAAGGCCCGCGACGAGAGCGUGGCCAGGCCCUGCCCAGCAGCCUCACCCCCGAUUCAGUUCGUGCGCGGCGAGACGCUGCCUGCCACCCUCCCCUUCCGGCGCCUGGACUCUUCGACCACCGAGUACUGGCGCUCCCUCGGACUCCAGGGCUUUUUCCGAGCGGUCCGCGGCCGCGCGGGCGCGCUCCGAGUCCUGCCCCGCACCUGCUCGUCCACGCCCUUCGCCGCCCUCGUGUCGGGCUUCUGCCCCUACGGGGACCGGUGCCGGGACGCGCACAGCCCGAAGGAGCUCGGGCCCCUCUUCGACUGGACCCGCGCCACCGUCUCCUUCCGGGCCUGCACGAGGCGGGAGGGCGGCGCGGGCGCGCGGGCGGACGUGGUGAUGUGGGCGCGGGAGGCGAUCUACCAGGCGGCGAGACAGGCCGCCGGGGACGCCCUCCGCGAGGCGCUGCCCUCCCUGUCGGGCCCGGAGCGGCAGCGGGCCCUGGAGGUCACCGAGCAGGCGCUGCGCAGGGCCAUGUUUUGCCACCCGGGCGGCCAGGAGCCCGUGGCCGCCGUGGCCGUGCCGCAGGAGGCCGCGUCGGCGACGCCUCAGACGGGCACGCCUCCCUGCGCUGCGGCGGCGUGA